CUUCGAGGGCAGUUUAAAGUUCCUAUUUUGAUCUUCAUUUCAGUUUCCCCCAAAUUACGAAGCUCUUCCAUCAGGUUAACCCUAGCUGAAAUUCAAUUAGCAAUCCGGCAAGAAAAUGGGCGGAGGACACGGCCACGGCCAUGGCAUCACGUACAAAGGCGUGACUCUGCAUCAGCCUAAGCGCUGGCACACUGUCACUGGCAAAGGCCUCUGUGCCGUCAUGUGGUUUUGGAUUCUCUAUAGGGCAAAACAAGAUGGCCCUGUUGUGUUGGGCUGGAGACAUCCUUGGGAAGGUCAUGAUGAUCAUCACUAGAACUGUGGUGCAAUUCUAAUAUGGAACGUGAAGCAACUCUACCGAUCUUUUGUUGGGUUGAGCAACUCUCUUUGAAUGUUAUGUACAAUAAAUCGACUGAGGAGAAGUCGACUUAGCUUGAGACAUUGUACAAGUUUUUUGGACUCUGUUUAUUUUCAGUUCUGCUAUCUGGUUUAUCUAUAUUAUGUUUCUUGUUAUGUAAUACCAUUCCAAUAUGAGAAUCUACUCUGCAUUUACUGGGUAGAAAA